UUUAUAUUGCAAAUAUUAUUCAAAUUAAAAGAAAAGUAAAAACAAUAAAUCAUAAAAAUAUAAAUUCAACAAUAAAUAACUAAAAUUAUAUUAGAAUACUCAAAAAAUACCAGCUGUGGUUAUUGAGGUACUAAGCAUAAUGGAUUAAUAAUCAUAAAAUGAAUAAUUAAUUUACUUUAGUUAAUAUGUUUAGAAAGAAAAUUUGAAUUAAACUCAAAAUUACUCAAAAGAUUAAUCAUUUAUGCAUUUAUAGACGAAGAGAAAUGAGAUAUAUAAACUGCUAAAUAUGAAUUAAAUGACUAGAAAGGAGCAUUAUAAUAGAAGCACUUCUAAUAGCAAAAUAAAAUAACAAUAAAAUACUGAUUUAAAUAUCUCACAAAUUUCGAAUAGUUAUUUAAUAAACCCAAAAACCCAUUUCAAAUCUUUUAUUUCUAUAACCCCUGUAGUUUAAACUAAAAAUUAAAUAACAAGUAUAGAAAACAGAGGCUAAACAAUUUAAAAUAUACUUACUAAAAGCAUAAUAGGAACACAAAGUGCGAAUUUAAGUAUUAGCAAAUCUCCUUAAAUUUUAAUAAAAGAUUAAAUAUUUGACAAUUACUUAAACAAGAAUUCUGUAUACAAAUUAACUAAAGACUUUAUAAAAAGAAGAGAUUUAUAGAAGUAGAAUUCUCCAACAAUUAAAGUUGCAAAUAGAUAAAACACAGAAAAUCUACCAAACAUUAAACAAAAUGAUUAAAAGCUUCCCCUCUUUGAAAAUAAUUAAUAAACUCUUCAAUUAAAAAGUAAUGAAUAAAAUGAAAACUUAAUGAGCAAUUUAUUAAACUUUGACUUAUCUCCUAAAUUUUCUACAUUAAAUACUUAAACAAAUACAACAAAAACUUAGAAUUCUUUCUUAGUUUCAAAAAAUAAUUAGAGAAAUAAUAUUAAAGUAAAUAAUAAUUGUGAUUACUCAACCAAAGAAUUGUUAAUUCCAAUUAAUAAAAUUGACAGUUUUUUUGAAAAUUUUUCAAAAUUAGAUACUGAAAAACUUAAGAAUGAUGAAAGCCCAAAAUAUGAUAACUUAUUAUAAGAUAACUAAGUAAAAGAUUUAAUGGCUGAUAGUUAAGAUAAAUCUAAAACUCCUAUGAGGAAAGGUACUCCUCAAAUUAGAGAUAAUCUUAAUUAAAAAGAAAAGCAGCUUUCUAUAUUGAAUUAAGAUACAAAAAACAGCAAUUAUAAAGAAGUGAUUUAAUUUGAAAAUAAAAUCAAAAAGAGCACUAGUCGAUUGGAAUCCUCAAAAUCUCCUUAAAUUUUUGUUGAGAGAUAAAGAUCAAUAACCACCUAAUCUUAUUUAAAUAAUAAUUUUACUAAAAAAAUUGAAAGAUAAGAAUCUUUACCAAAGAUAGAAUAACCUAGUUAAAAUACUAACAAUUUAAAUAUAUUUAAUAAAAGCACAAAUAAGCAUUAAAUUAAAUUCUUGAAAGACGAAAACAAAAGAGUUUCAAUACAAAAAAGGCUAUAAAAUUUAAUGAGUUAUAGUGUUGAAGAAGAAUUUAAAAAGAGAUUUUCAGGUUUAUUUAUGCAAAAAUAGAAAUUACAAAAAAAGAAUGAAGUAAAAAAAAAGGUUCAUUUUAUUAUUGAUGAAGUUUUGUGAUAAAUUUUAACUAAUUUAUCAUUUUUAUAAAAUUUGUAUAUAUUUAACCAUCCCUUGUAAAUAAUAAUAAGGUUAAUAUUACAGUUUUGGUAUUGAGGUUGUUGUUGGGAAUUAAAAAGAUUAUCUCUAAUUUUUUUUUUAUAUAGAAAUUUAAUAUAAAUGAAAUUUAAAAUAAAGUAGAUAAAUGUAUUAUAGUUUCUUUUGAAUUAAUGCCGCCAACCCAC